ACGCAUAUUUACAAUUCCACCACUACCAUCCUCUCUCCUUUGCACAUCAUUACCUCGCCAUAUACUAAUCUCCCCCUGUCUCUGUACAAAUCUCUCUCUCUCUCUCUCUCUCUCUCUCUCUCUCUCGUACACACAUAGAUCUCUUUUCAUAAUCUUCAAUCACAAUUCCGAGUGCGACGCAGCUUAGUUCCAUCAUUCUCCGCUCUAAUUUCACAGAUCCGAAUAAUUUGACCCGCAAUUUUCGCUCCAGAUGGGGAUUUUUGACGACUUGCCCGUUCCGAAAGAUCACGCGCAUUUGAGAGAAGAGCUUGCUAGGAUCGAUGAAAGCUGGGCUACAUCAUGUUUUGAUUCGUUGCCACAUGUGGUUCAUAUUUUGACGUCGAAAGACCGUGAAGGUGAAGUCGGGAAGUUGAAGGAGCAGAGUGAUAUAAUAGAGAAAGUUGUUGAUGCUGUUGUGCAUAACUAUCACAGUGGCUUUAAUAAAGCUAUUCAGAAUUAUUCGCAGAUUUUGCGGUUAUUUAGUGAAUCCACUCAAAAAAUUGGUGUCCUAAAAGUUGAUUUGGCUGAUGCUAAGAAAUUUAUCGGUUCGCGUAACAAGCAGUUGAACCAGUUGUCAUAUCGCUCUGUUACAUUACGGCACAUUAUCUCGUUGCUAGAUCAAAUUGAGGACAUAUCUAAGGUUCCUAAUCGUAUAGAGAAGCUUGUUCAAGAAAAACAGUUUUAUGCUGCAGUGCAGUUACAUGUUCAAUCAACGCUGAUGCUGGAGAGGGAAGGCCUGCAGAUGGUAGGUGCUCUGCAAGAUGUUCGGUCGGAACUGACAAAGAUGCGGGGAAUCAUUUUUUAUAAAGUGUUGGAGGAUAUGCAUGCACAUCUUUACAAUAAGGGUGAACUAAGCUCAGCUGCUGCAAGUCUACAUGACACUGAUGAUGCAGUUCCUACUACCACGGCAGCCUCAUUCUCUAUAAAUAAUUUACAGCCUCUUUCUCGAAGAACUAGGUCACAUAAAGGUGACAAUCAGCUUGGUGCAUAUGGCCUUGUAGAUGGACCUUACGUUCCUAGUUCUGUGGAUGGAGGUUCAUCAUAUGAUGGUCAUGAAGAGGAUGGCGGUUUUGAUGGACAUGGCGAAACUGCAUCCAAUGGGUACACUGCCUCUGGAAGGGUCAAUGGUGGUGAUAAUUCAAAGGACGCAAAGACUAUAUCGCGUCAAAUUCCAAUAUGGCUUUCUGCUUCUACUCCUGAUGAAUUUGUUGAAUUAUUGAGAAAGAGUGAUGCUCCUGUCCAUGUAAAGUAUUUACAAACUAUGGUCGAAUGCCUCUGCAUGCUGGGUAAAGUUGCAGCUGCUGGUGCUAUAAUAUGCCAAAGAUUGAGACCUACAUUACAUGAGAUAAUAAGUACCAAGAUCAAAGCAUAUGCUGAACGUGUAAUUUCUUCAAGGCCUGGCAUGAACCAGGCUGCACGGGAUUCUUCUACAGCAAAAGGUCAAUUGCAGAGCUAUCAGUUGUCAAAACAGAAACGUCAGAAUGGAACAUCAAUGCCUGGAACACUCCUGGCAGUCAGCCCUGUUUCUCCUGUAAUGGCCCCCAUGGGAACAGCGCAAGCUACAGCCAAGGAACUUCUUGAUUCUAUUUUUGAUACUGUUGUGAGGAUAUUUGAAAACCAUGUUAUAGUCGGAAAUCUUCUCGAGUCGAAAUCCUCACAGAUUGGGUUAAACACACCAAAGUCGAUGCCAGUAGACAUAACUUGGAACCCAGAUUCAGAAGCACGUGAUACUGGAGGAUACAGCAUCGGGUUCUCCUUAACUGUUCUGCAGAGUGAAUGCCAACAACUCAUAUGUGAGAUUCUUCGAGCAACUCCUGACGCUGCAUCUGCUGAUACUUCUGCUCAAACAGCUAGACUUGCAAAAAAAACUUCUUCAAAAUCAAAGUCAAAAGACAAAAGAGUUGGGUCAGAAGAUGGUCUCACAUUUGCUUUUCGCUUCACGGAUGUUUCUGUUCCUAAUCAAGGGGAUCUCAUUCGCCAAAAUUGGAAAAAAGGUCCAAAUGUACAAGAAGGUUACGGGUCUGCCGCUGUCUUACCUGAGCAAGGAAUAUAUCUAGCUGCAUCCGUGUACCGACCAGUUCUUCAGUUUUCAGAUAAAAUUUCCUCCAUUCUGCCACAGAAGUAUUCACAACUCGGAAAUGAUGGACUGCUAGCUUUUCUAGAGAACUUCGUGAAGGAACAUUUUCUACCGACAUUGUUUGUGGAUUACAGGAAAAGCGUACAACAAGCCAUAUCAAGUCCAGCUGCAUUUCGCCCACGAGCACAUACAGCUGCAACUUAUACUCCAUCAAUUGAAAAAGGACGGCCAGUUCUGCAAGGGCUUUUGGCUAUAGAAUUCUUGGCAAAGGAGGUAUUUGGGUGGGCUCAAGCAAUGCCUAAAUUUGCUGGUGACCUGAUCAAUAACGUCCAAGCAUUCCUUGAACGAUCAUAUGAGAGAUGCCGGACUUCAUAUAUGGAGGCAGUUCUUGAGAAGCAGAGUUACAUGCUCAUCGGGAGACAUGAUAUUGAGAAUCUAAUGCGACGUGAUCCAGCUAGCUCAUGUUUGCCUAAUUCUUGUGGUCAGACACAGGUGGAUACAGAUGCUUCGGCAGCCGAGAUUUCCGAGUUUGAAACAGAAAUGAGUGACUUAUUAUUGAAUCUGAGACCAAUCAAGCAGGAGAAUCUGAUCCGUGAUGACAACAAACUUAUAUUAUUGGCUUCUUUAAGUGAUUCGUUGGAGUAUGUUGCAGACUCAAUUGAAAGGCUUGGGAAGGCAUCUUCUAGAACAUAUAAUAAUAGAGAAGAAAAUGGUACGACACAAUCUCAUCAUACUCGAACAAGAAGCACGCCGCCUAAGGAUCUGGUUUCAUUCGCGGAUGAAUACAGAAAACUUGCUAUUGAUUGCCUCAAGGUUUUGCGUGUGGAGAUGCAACUGGAGACAAUUUUCCAUAUGCAGAUUAUGUCAAGUAGGGAGUACUCAGAAGAUGAAGAUGCAGAGGAACCUGAUGAUUUUGUUAUAGCUUUAGUUUCACAGAUCACCCGCAGAGAUGAGGAAAUGGCCCCAUUUCUUGCAGGACCUAAACGGAGCUAUAUCCUUGGCGGCAUAUGUAGUGUUGCAGCAAAUGCAGCAAUAAAGGGUUUAGCUGAGAUAAAAAGCAUCAACCUAUUUGGCGUUCAGCAGAUAUGUAGAAACUCAAUUGCUCUGGAACAGGCGCUAUCUGCUAUCCCGUCAACUAAUAGUGAAGCUGUGCAGUUGAGAUUAGAUCGUGUCAGGACUUACUUCGAACUGCUAAAUAUGCCAUUUGAGGCCUUGCUUGCCUUUAUUAUGGAGCACGUAGACUUAUUCAAAGCGGUUGAGUACUCUAAUCUUCUGAAGGUAUCUGUUCCUGGUCGGGACAUUCCUGCUGAUGCCCAGGCCAGGGUUAAUGAGAUUUUGUCCCGUUAGCUUAUUACAAGCUUCCAGCUAGCGGGCUUUGGAACUCUUGCCUUCUCUGUUGGAGUUAUAUACAGAAAAACACAAAUGUGGAUGAACAUCUGAUUCGGUGGUGAAUUUUAGAGGUAUCAAAUUUAGGAUGAUAGAAGGCACGUGCAGUGUUAUAUAUUCUUUUAAUAUAUGGUGGACACUAGGAAGAGCUGUUGAAUCCCCAUCCUCAGUGGAGCUUGCUACCCUACUUAUCAAUGUGUUCAGCCACACUUCUGUUAAAAUUUUGUGUUAUAUUCAUAGGUGUUUAGAAUAUAUUCAUUUACUGUGUCAAUUUUUGUGUUUGUCUUCCUUUAUAUGGAAGAUGGUCUGUUUGUUUAAAUUUUGUGUAGAAAUACUGUUGUAUAUUUUUCUACAUUUAUUUGUACAAAUGUUCCGGUGUUAAUAAUGUAAACUAUCUGUGUUCUUUUA